AUGGCUCCGCACCACGAAGAGCACUACCAUCCCAAGGAUGCGAUCGCGGCAUCGAUGAAGACCACUAUGCUCACUGGUGGAGCGGGUCUUUUCGCCUCGGCCGUCCAGAACACCCUCACCAGACAGAACGUCGGCCCGCUGGGCGUGUUCAUCCGGAGCGGUGGUACCGUCGGUAUCUUCGCCGCCAUGGGAGGUACCUACGAAUUCGUGAAGACCGCAUCCGCCAACCUUCGUGAGAAGGAAGACCACUGGAACGUCGCUCUGGGGGGUUUCUUCUCCGGCGCCAUCCUGGGUCUCCGAGCUCGCACAUUCCCCGCCCUCCUGGGCUACGGCGUCGCUCUGGCCACCGCCACGGGCGCUUUCGAAUACACCGGUGGAACGUUGUUCGGCUACAAGAAGAACACCGAUAUCGACGAGUUUGAGCGUCGGGAGCAGCUCCGGAAGACAUACAGAAUUCCCGCAGAGCAGACCCUUGCCGAAUUGGGCGAGGGACGAGGUAUCUAUGGCCCCGGAUACGCCGAGAGACGGGCGGAGAGAAUCAAGGAGGCAUACGGUAUCGAGGUUCCCACAACGGCUCCGGCAUCAUGA